GAGUGGGGCACGCUGAUGGUCUUCAUCGACAACGACCUCUCGCGCGCCCAGCGGCUCGCCAUCUUCGGGAGCGUGCGCGGCCGCCGCGGCUCGGAGCUCAAGGUGCUCAGCGCCGUGGAGACAAAGAUGGCGGGGUACUUCGCAAACGUACGAGAGGACGCCAUCAACCGCGACAAAUACAAGGACGAGACCGGCACGUGGGGCACGGACACGAUGGUGUUCCGCGAGGGCAACGGGCGCGAGGAGGGCGAGAUAUCGUACGCGCUGGGGAAGCAGGGGGGCACGCGGAAGAAGCUCGAGCGCUCGUCUGGCUCCAUCAUACAGUACGUUGGCAUGGAGGCCAUCUGCUCGGGCACCAGAAUACAGCGCACCCGUGCGCGGGAGUACAUGAAGUGGCUCUUCCAGCAGCUGGAGGGCCCCGUGUGGGUCCGCGGCUGGGAGGCCCGGGACGACUGCACCGUCGUGGACGUGCCCACGGACUGCAUCGGCUACGUCACCGGCAACCGCCGCGCCGCCCUCGGCUCCAUCGAGGAGGAGUGGGGCACCCUCAUGUUCUUCAUGAACGAGUCGGACGAUAAGGGCCGCGGCCGCGGCGGCACCGAGAAGCUGGCCAUCUUCGGCCCGCAGCGCGCGCGGCGCGGCUCGGAGCUGAAGGUCAUGAGCAGCAUCGAGACCAAGAGCCCCGGCUUCUUCACUCGCGGCAUCAAGGAGAAGACGUCGGACAAGCCGGGCUUCGACACCGACCGCUUCAUCUUCCGAGACGAGGAGGUGAGCUACGCGCUGGGCAAGGACGGCGCGACCAGGAAGAAGCUGGAGCAGGCCUCUGGUUGUAUCCUGCAGUACGUGGGCUUUGUUGCCUUCAUCGCGGGGACAUUGAAGGAGCGAGCACGAUGCAGAGAGUUCAUCGUGUGGCUGCUCCAGCAGCGGCGCGGCUCCGUGACGAUCGCCCGGGCGGAGGCGCGCGACGACUGCACCGUGGUGCACAUCCCCGUGAGCUGCAAGGGAUGGGUGACCGGCAACCGUGGCAGCGAGCUGCGCCGCAUGGAGCAGGAGUCGGGCACCUACAUGUUCAUGGCGCUCGACGAGCGGGGCGAGGAGCGCCUGCUCAUCUUCGGCGCCAACGCCGGCGACAAGCCAGGCAGCACCAGCGGCCGCAGGUUCGCGGAGAGGCUGGUGAACGACAUGGUGCAGGAGAAGCUCCGGGACGACGAGCACGAGCGGGGCAUCCCGGCGCCCACACGGCGCCGCGGCCGUUCGGACAGCCGCAGCCGCGAACGGCGGCGCCGCAAGGGCAGCUCGUCCUCGGACAGCCCCAAGAGGUCGAAGGCCAAGCCGCGCGGCACCCGCGCCUGGGGCGACUGA